AUGACCGUGGAAUCCAUCCCUCAAAUCCAGACCGUAGCUCUGGUCAACGAACUCGGGGGCAGUGUCGAGUUCCGCGAGGACUACCCCGUCCCUACACCGGGCCACAAUGAGGUUCUAGCCAAAGUGCUAUACACAGGGGUUUGCCAGAGUGACUUGCACACGAAGAACGGCACGGCUGCUUCGUCCGAGGGCACACCCAUCACAAACAUCAAGAUCCCCCAUGUGGGCGGCCAUGAAGGCGUGGGACGGAUUGUGGCGCUCGGCCCAGGGUGUGGAACAGACCUAGAGGUCGGAGGGCUUGUCGGAAUACGAUUCUCAAGUCGGAUCUGCAGACGAUGCGAGUUUUGUCUAGCCGGAACCGAGCAGUACUGCCUCAAAAGCACCAACCACCUCCAUCAUGAGGAUGGAAGCUUCCAGGAGUACAUCGCGUUGGAUGCUGACUACUUGACGAUCCUGCCGGAUGAUAUCGAUCCUAAAGUCAUUGGCCCCGUUCUGUGCGCUGGUGUGACGGCUUACAAGGCUGUUCUCAAUGCAAACAUCCGGGCGGGCAAUUGGUUAGUGGCGGUCGGCGCAGGGGGAGGCCUCGGGCACUUGGCAGUGCAAUAUGCGAAAGCACAAGGAGCACUUGUCAUUGGCGUAGAUGCCGGUGACAAGCGGGACUUUGUCCUCAAGCUGGGCGCUGUCGAAUUCAUUGACUUUACCAUGACGGACCCGGUUCAGCGCGUCCAUGAGAUCACUGGACUUGGUGCACAUGCCGCAGUAGUAACAGCAGGCAGCGCCAAAGCUUUCGCUCAUGCGUGCGAGAUGCUACGAGUCGGAGGGGCUUUGAGCUGUGUGGGAAUCCCGCCAGGACGGCCAACCUUGCAAACGCCGAUCGCCACCAUCGUGAUCAAAGGGCUUCGGAUCACCGGCAACCUGGUCGGAUCACUGAAAGAAUGUAUGGAGGCAGUGGAUCUAGUCCGUCGCGGGGUGGUGAAGCCUGAGAUCAAGGUCAGACCGUUCAAGGAUUUGCCUCAAGUUUAUGAGGAGAUGGAGAAGGGCGAUAUUGCGGGGAGAAUUGUGCUCCAGAUAUCAGAGUGAGCCAGCAUCUUGCUGAAGGUGUGAAUAUUCUGUGCAGCAUAGGUAGACAGCCACUUCAGAUCAGAUGACCGAUUCAAUCCGACAUGGAGUGGUGAAGAAAUCUUCCACAUUAGCUUCCUCAGACUCUUCCGUCUGACAGCUCAAGAUCUGCUCCUCAAGCCUGUUAUCAUCAUGCCCGAGGCCCAACAAACGCGCAGGAGCUUUGACCAAAGCUUCAGCAGUCUUAGCCCGGAGCAACGCCUUCAGCAUGGGGUCUUGCUCCAGGAAGGGCAGUAAUCUCUGGUACAAAGCAUGCAGAAAGUCCUGCGGCCUCCACUGCAAGGUCGAGUGCACUGCGCUCGACCCAGCCAGCAGGAUGAUAUCUGCUAGUGAGUUCGUCACCUCGAAGCACUUCAACAACUG